UAUAUGACUAUUCAUUUUUGAUUUACAAUGCGAGUGAAAAUUAAAAUAUAAAAUACAAUAAAAAAAAACAAUUAUCCCAAUUAUAUUAUUUUACGCUUUGUUAUAAUUGAUAAUAUUAUUUUUCCUAGUAUUAUUCAUAGUACACACGUACGACGUCGUUUUAUACGGUUGAUCGAUUUGAGAACGCACGAUUAAGUUCAUAUUUGUACCACCGGAUCAUUGAAGUGUUGUUACUUACCUAUAUUCAUUUCAGUGCUAUUAAAUUUCGUAUUUUUUUUUUUAUUUUCUUAAAUUUUGUACUAAUACAUACUUAGUCAUGGAUGACACAUCCGAGUUGUCCAGUGAUAUAUCUACAAUUGAUAACAGUGUUUCUGAUCUUGUUAUUAAUCCUACAAAAAAGUAUUACCGGAAAACAGCUCAUAGGUACGUUUUAAACAUAAUAUGAUUAUAGCAAUUUGGAUUUGUAUAAUAAUAUUGUAUGUAAAUAGUAAUAACCAUAAUAAUCAUAUAUAUAUGAUAGGUAAUACCUCCAAUUAUUUUCUAUUAGAUUAAACAUCUACCCGUAUUACCUACCAUUAUUAUUAUUCAUGCUAAGAUUACAAACCAAAAAAAUAAAAAUGUAUACAUAUAUUUUCUGCAUAUUGUGCGUUUUAAUUUGAAAAUAGACCUAUUGAUUGUAUACAAAAUAUGUUUUUAAACCUUUAGUAUACUAUAUGCAAUUCAUUUUUAUUAGUUUGUUAUGAAAACCAUAUAGAUUUAUAUGAUUAUUAUUUAUUAAAGAUUUAAGGAAAUAUUAUACUUACAAAUGUAUAAUAAAACAAAAUUGUAUAUUAUUGUAUUACCUAUGUAGUUAAUAAAUGUAUGAAACAAAAUACACCCUUUAAUAAGUAACAAUUAUUUAAAUGUGUGUGUUUUUUUUAAAUUGUUUUAUUUAUUUUUACUAUUAUUCUAUUAAGUAUAUUAGUUUAUAUUUGUAAUACUCAUAUUCAAUAUAGUUUUGAUGAUUUUUAUGAGCUCGAGUAUAAAAGAAAGUCAAUUCAUCAACAAAUUGUAAACCUAUUUUGAAAAAACAAAUAGGUACCUAGGUAAUAUAAUAUUAUUAUUAAUUAUAGAUGUUUCAGAGAUUGGUUUUAUUUCACAUUUUUUAUUAUUUCCUAUUGACCAUCAUAUAAUAGAAAUGUUUUAAAUCUUUAACAUUGUAUAAAUAUAAAUUACUUUAUAAUUCUAUAGUAGUGUGCAACUUAAAAUAAUACGAGAAAAACAUAACAAAUUACAAUAAUAUGAUAAAAAUAAAAAGUAAAUAAUAGAUAGGGUGAAUUAUUGUAAAUUAUUAAGUAUGUAUAGGUAUGUAUUCAGAAAUAAUUCAUAAUAUCAUAUUAGCGAUUAGCCGUCUACACAAAACAUUUUUAUACAAUCUUUUGCAGAAUAUUAUUUGUUUCAAACAUAAUAUAUUAUAUUUAACUUUAUAGUACUUACUGUGUAUGAUAAUAAUUUAUAAAGAUAUAGUUAUGAACAGGUAUUUUAUUAUUAUUUUUUUUUUUUUUAUAGAAACAAUAUCAUUUUAUUAACAUUAAAUUUAAUGUUUUACAAAGAAGAUGCUACAGUAACAUUUUCUGACUCUGCCUUUCUAAUGACUUAUGAGUAAUAUAGCAAUGUGUUUUGGAAGUUAAUAUGGUAAUCCGCUUUAUUAGUACAAUUGACUUAAGGGGACAUUAUAACCGCGUCCGUUGUCUCAGUACUGCGUAACAUAUAAAAACAAUGCAUACGCAGAAUAAGUAAUAGAGAAUAUUAUUUUAGAAGGAAUGUCAUAGGGUUUUUGUAGUAUUCAAAAUAUACAGCUCGAUAUAAAAGAUAAUACAAAACCUUUUUUUUUUUUUUUUUUAAAUAAUUGUAACUCUUUUAAUAGUUCAUAAUUGCAAAAACCUAUGAUGGUUCCUUCAAAAUAUUGUUCUCUAUAAAUUUCAUAAUAGGUUAUGAAAUUUAUACUACUUUUACUUUUAAAUCAAAAUUAAGCAAAUUUUACUUAUUCUGUGUAAGCAUUGUUUUUGCUUGUUAUCCGGUUAUUGGACUUAGACUUAGACUUAGACUUGCGGGAUAUCAUGCUCAUAACACAAAAAUUUGUUCAUAAAGUUUAAGACAACAGUAUUUUAAAUUAAUUUCCAAUUAGGUCUGCAAAUCAGGUAUCAAACAAUUUCUAUGAAAAUAGUAUAUUUAGUCCUCUUUAAUUUAGUUUCUUGUAACUAGUAGGAAUUAGGUAGAUAGGCAGUAGAGAUUCAUAAUUUAUUUAAGUGUGGAUAGCUAAUAUUAAACUACAUUGAUUAAGUUAAAAGAUUAGAAAAAAAAAAAUAUUUAUUGUUUUCUUGUAAAUUCAGAUAGUUUUUAGUUUUUAGUAAAAUCAUUUACUUUAGAAUUUCAAAAUUUUCUAUAAGUAAUAAGAAUAACACUUAUUUUCAAUUUUCUUACUAUAUAUUUAAAAAUUAAACAUUAUUAUAUGUAUAUGAGUUAUUGUGGUAAGUAGACAUUUGUAUAACACCCAAUAUACAUAUUCUUAAAAUAAAUAUAUAUAUAUCUAAAUUACCUGGCCUAUAUUGACUAUGAUUAGAGGGCAUAUUUAGUAAUGUAAUUUUUAGGUCACCUAAAUAUUUCCUUCCAACAAUAUACUGUUUCAAACAGUAAACUCAAACUAGUGUUAAAAAAUAAAAAUACUUAUGUAUGUAGAUGUACCUAAUAAUUAGAAUUGAUAAUUUUUUUUUUUUUUGGCCAAUUGCCAUAUGAAAUAAGUACCUACAGGUAAUGAAAUAAUAAUUAUCAACUUGAAAUUCCUUUAACCAAUUUGAUUUUGUUUAAUUUUUACAUACUAUACAACGAAAACAACUGAAAUAACUUGUGAAACAAUGUUAUGAGAAAAUGUCAACAGGAAACCUCUCCAUUUGCUGGUGGCCCAGUACAUGAGGUCCUCAUAAUAAUUGCAUGGGGAGGGGGGGAAUAUUAAAACUUGGGUAAGACAAUUUUUUUUCAUUCUAGGACUUAAGUACUAUAUUAAUUAUAACAUUGAUUAUGCGUAUUAAUCAUUAAUAAUAAAUAAGUACCUAUUUUGUUGUAUAAAUAUAAAAUAUGGGACAUUAUACAGCACAAUGAGACGGGUGAUCAUCUUAGUUCCAGGGAUACGUCUGAUAAAAGCCUACAUAUAAGGAAUGUAUUGGAUUAACAAUGAUGUUUAUAUUUUUUUUUUUUUUAUUGUGCACAAAAAUUCCAGAAAUCUUGCUUCGAGGUUCAAGUGCAGCACCUUUUCUAAGAGAACAUUUUUCUGGGGUGGUACUUUAAAAGAUAAUUUUUAGAUUUUUCAAUCAGUUUUUAAAAAUACGUAGGAAAAACUAGAAAAUAAUGGUGUUAUUAUUUUCAAUAUUGUUUUUUCUUGUAAUUCAGUUCAAAUUGUUCAUAUAGACUUGAAAUUUGGACACAAAAUUUAUUUUUGCCUUUUUUAGACGUGGUAAAAUUUUCGAAAAACGUAAGCGAUUUUUAAAUAUUUUAGUUUUGCAAGUUGUGUACGUAAUUUUUAUUUGGUAAGUAUCUAUGGUAAAAUUGUUAGACUUAACAGAAAUGCUUGAAAAUUCAAUAGGAUAUUCAUUAAAAGUUUUACUUUAUGCAGCCAAAAAAAAAAAAAUUGAGUUUAAUGUAGUAUUUUUUUUUAUAAAAUAAAAUAUACUAAAGGAAUUUUAAUACCAUUUUAAGCAAAUGCAUUUUAGGUGUAUCAGGGACCUAGUAAUUGCUCGCUUGGACUAUUUUAAAAGAAAAAUACCACUCGAUUUGUUGUGCAAACUUUUCUACCAAAAAUCUUGCUUCAAAGUAUCUAGUAUAGUAUCUUUUCUGAAAGGGAUUUCCUGGGGUUGUACUUUAAGGGGGUUAUUUUUUAAAUUUCCCAGGAGUUUUUUUAACAAAUGGGAAAUAUCGUAGGAAAAUAGGUACAUUAUUAAAUACAUAUUAUUAAAGAAAAAAUAUAUUAUGUAUAUUAUGUAAUUAUUUUACCAUAAUAUUAAAUAAUAUAUAUAUAUAUAUUGUUGACAAAGCACCACUAUUAACCGAACUCUCCUCAGAAUCGCAUCUUUGUUAACAAUGGUUAAUCGUUUCAUACAGCCGUACAGAUAUACAUUAAAUUUUCCCUCUACCUUCCCAACUUCUUACAUACAAUAGUGGACAGUGGCCCAUCACGUGGGAAGUUUGUCCGUCAUUUUUUAUAAUUAUUAUAAUUUAAUUGUUUAGUUUAACGUCACACAUUCUACAACUUAUUCAAAUUCAACUAUCCGCGUAUAAUAUUAUUAAUAUUAUAAUUUCAUCGAUUGUGUAAUAGGUGCAUUUUUUUUUGGAAUCUAGGCUACAGUACAUAGUUAAGUUUAUUUUUCUUUGUCAACGUUUAUCAGUUUAUCAUUUUGUUUGUUUAGGUAGCAGGUUAUGAGUAGGUAUAUAAUAUUAUAUUAUGCAUGUGUUAUAAAUUAUUGUAAUGCAUGUUGGUUAAUCUAUACAUACGUAUAAUUCAUUUAUUUUCAAGUAAACAUUUAAUACCUAAAUAAUAAAUCGUACACUAUUGUACUGUUACAGUGUGUGUACAAAUGUAAAAUUAUACUUAUGUUUAUCUAAUCUAUCUUUGAUUAUUUUUUGAACAUUUUUAUUUUUUUUUUAAUCGAACAGUCAUGCGCUUUCGCAAUGAAUUUGUCAGAGAAAGCAUAAUGAAAUCAAACACUAUAAAGUAUUUAAAAUAAAAUAAUAUUUGAAAUUUCUAAGUCCAGGGGGCAGUUGCUGCGUAUUGCCCCCUUCCGAGCACCCAUGCUAAUAAUGGUGUAAUAAUUUUAUAUUUCGAAUGAAACUUUAUUUGCGUAUCUUGGGGGGUCUAUUCUACUAAUGCUGCGUAAUUGGUUUAUUGACCCGUUCUCACCAACGUAAACGUUGAUUUUUAAAUGAAGUUUAUAAGAUAAUCGAACAAUCGUGGUCGGUUAUCAGCCAUAAACUCAAUUUAAGAAUCAAAUUAAUAACUUUUUUUUUAUGUUGAUGAGAACGGCUCUCAGAGUGUGAUAGUUACAGUAAAAUACCGUACGUACCUUUUUCACUAUUACGAUUCCGUACGGUAUACCUGGGCAAAUUUAUUUCAAUAUUGCUGUUAUUAAUUUAAUAGGUAGACUAUUCCGUACACUAAUUCUUUACUGCCGUGAUUGUUUGUGGUAUAUGGCUUAUGCAGAGCAUUAUGAAUUCGAUCAAAUGACGCACGGUUAUAGAAUAUGGUCGAUCUACAAGAUAGACUUGACUCAUAUUACUAAAAUAUAAAAAUUGAACAAUAUUAUUCGGUUUACUUCAGAACAAGAAACUAAUACAUUGCAUUAAUAUUGAUAUCUAUAAUAUACGUAUAACUAUUUUAUAUGUAAUAAAAAACUGUAAUCAUGAGUAUUAUGCAAUCAUAUUUUGUAAUGUUUUGUAUGUAAAUAUUAUGAAUCUUGGUUUUGCACGUACCUAUUAUUGGCGACUAUACACUCAUAUUCGUAAUCGUUUUAAUUUAAAGCUGGUUGCACACUACGCGAUUUGGACGCGUGCGUUUUUAUUUAAUUUAUUUAAUCGCCCAAAAUUAAAUAUUAAACUUGUUUUAUAUGGGCGCAUUGUCGCAUUCACACACCCAAUUGAGAGGCUUGUACGGAUGCGUCCGACGCGUUUCAAAUUAUGUACAUGACGUUUAAUUUGUGAACAUCCGGUUGUUAAAAUAAAAUUUUUUUCCCAAUGAACCUAUUUUAAAUGCAUUUUGUUUAACAGCUUUUCACAUCACACGAUUCGUACGAUGCGUUUUUCUGCAUUUCAUUAAUUAUUUAUCUACUGUGGCUACAGGAGCUAGAGGGGGCACUGGGAGCACAUGCCGUUCCCCCGAAACCUUUUUUUUUCCGUUAUGCUGUGGUAUACAGUUUACAUAAAUUCUUUAUACUAAUAAAAUGUAUUCUUAAUAGCAAUAUUAUGAGUAUUAUUAUUAAUAAGUGAUAAGGGAUUAAGGGAGUCAUAAAAUAACAGCUGACAAGUAUUUUAGUUUAACAAAAACUAAAUGAGUUACUUCUUAAGUCCCCAACCAAAAAAUUUGUUUUUUCUAUUUACGAUACUGGCUGUAGCCUAUAUUUGAUAUUCGUUUAUCAAUUUUAACACCAAAAUGGAUAACGAAUAUUUUAUUAAUGAAAUUUCAAAAUAAGAAUGGUAAUAUUGAUAAGUUGUUGACAUAAUAUUUUCUAAAUAGAAUACUUAAUAUAUUAUGUAUUAUAUAAUAUUAGGCUUAUGAAUAAUUACCAACGAUUAUUAUAUAGGUUUUUAUUAUUUUUACUGAGUGGCGUAUUUUCGGGGUGGGAGGAGAGGGAUUCCGGAUCUCAGGACACUCCCAAAAGUCGAAAAAAAAAUAGAUGAGAAAGGUCUUUGUGUGUCAUCGUUGUUACAAUACUUUUAUAAUAAAUCUGAAAUCCACAAUAGUUAUAAGAGUAGUAAUAAAUAUUAGUAUGUAGGUAGUAUGCACUAGUAGUUGCGUAUAAUACAAAGCACUGUAUGGCUGAAACAGCAUUUGACGAGCUUUUUAUUUCUGGGUAACGUUAAAAUUGCUUCUUAAUUUAACUCGUAAUCGUCUACGCGGUUUUGAAACGCGAUCGCACGCGUCUAGUGUAAAGAAAGCACGUUCGCGUUUUAAAAUCAUAUAUGAAACGCGUAGUGUGUAACCAGAUUAAGGGCUAUAAAAAUGAACCUUUUUGCCAAACUUAUGCGAUAUUACUUCAAAAGGAACAAAGUACUCAACGUAUAUUUUUGCUGAGUAUUACCACGUGCUGUUUACGUUCAAAAAGGUUUUCUAAUUUUUUUUGUUCGUGAUUGAAGAUUACAGUAUUACGCCGAUUAGGUAUUAGUAGAAUCAACUCCCUGAACUUAAAUAGAUACUUAUAGUAUAAAAAAACAAAUUGUAUUAUGGUACUUAAUCUUAAUGUAUAAUAUAAUAAUGUAUUUAACAUAUUAAAUCACAUGUAUAAUAUUUAGAGAUAUUUCAAAUUUUAAAUUGGUUUCCCUUUUAUAGAAUCAGAUGUAUUUUCAAAUUAUUAAUUUGCAAGUAACAGAUUAGAAUUCUAAAGAAAAAUAUUUUCUCAUAUUUUUGUUUACAUUUUAAAUCCUUAAUGUAAAAAAGUUUUUUUUUUUUGUUAUUUUAUGGCAUUCGACUGAAAAUUUUGAAAAAAAAUGUGUCUAAAAUACAAUCUGCUUCCAAAUUACCUUCCCUACUAUUUCAAAAAGUUUUCUGAUAAGACUAUUUGUUCAUCUAUUACUGUUGCAGACAAAUAUUUCAGAGAUAAAGCUUAAAACAAUAUUUCAUAUUAAAAUUAAUAAUUAAAAAAAAAAAAAAGCUGUCUUAGGAUAAUGGGGACAGGUGCAGACACUGUUGUAGGUGGGAAGUUGGGAAAUUAGAAUACAGGAGGAAAUUUAAUGAAUUGUAAGCAGCCAUACUUCAUUGCUAAAGAAAAAGCGUGUUCAGUUGAUAGUGAUGCUUUGUCAACAAUAUAUGUCAUAUUAUGGUAAAAUAAUUAAAUAGACAUUAUAUAUUUUCUUUAAUAAUUUGUUUAAUAUCGAUUCUGAUUUUCCCAGUUUUUCAUAUUUACUGGGAAAACUCUUGGGAAAAUCGAAAAAUGACCUCCUUAAAGUGCCUUUCCAGUCAGAUCUCUGGUAGAAAAGUUGUUCACAAAAAAAUAAAAUAAACAUCUUAGUAAAACCUUAAGUUUCUUCGCUCCACUCAGAAUCUAAAAUUUAAACCCCCUCUAUGUUAAUUCUGGAAGUGAUGAAAAAUAUUGAAGUGUAUUUUUAAGUAACUUUCACUGCAAAAUAAUUUUAAAGAAUAGGAUACCUACCUACCUACCUAACUUAGAACACAUUAAUUUGACAAGUUGAUAAACUAGUUUUUGCUAAUAUUUAUAUUCAAUCAGUAACCUUUCAGUGGAUUUAAAUAGUUUAUUAAUUCAUUGACAUUUGAAUAUUAUUUUACAUUUUACACUUUACACACUUGUUCAGUUCUUCAUAUUUAAAUAUUAAUAUUUAGAUAACAACAAAAAUUUUAAUUUAAUUUAUUUGUAAAAUAUGAGCAUAUUAUUAUAACUUAAUGUUCCAUCAUAAUAAUAAAAUUAAACUGUGUAACUUAUUAACAUUUGUAUUCUUAGAAUAAGUAUGGUAUUAUUAUCGGUACAUUUUCUGGGUAAUAUUUUAUUCACGGCGAUGUUUAAAUUAAACGAUAGUUGCACGGCUUCGUUUCAGCUCAUUACUUUCUAUCGCAAGUACUUUCUCUUAAAUGUGUCCUCACUAACCGCUCAUUACGGCUGACCGAUAGCUUACAUCCUACUUCAGCCUUUGACAGCAUUUUAUAGGUCUCUAAAGGAACCUAAUGCAUUUUCUGUCGGCUUAUUAAAGGCACUUCGAUAGCGUACAAUUUCUCCUGACAAUAUAUUGCUCUUCGAGCACUAAUUUACAGCUGAAUAGAAUAACUAAAUCAUAUCUCGUGUUGUAUAUUAGAUUUUCUUAAUUUAUUUUUAACUCAGCUGAUUGGUGGAUUCUCUGAUGUACCGGUGGCCUAGUCCAACCCUAUGUACGACAUAGGUAGUAAAUUUUCGUUCAGCAGGAACAACUCUUUGCUGUAAAUUGUAAUAAAACUAAAGAAAACAGUAAAAAGAAAUAAGAAUUAAGUAAUAAAGGUAGUACGUAAUGAUACAAAAAGGAGGUAAUUAGGUAAUAAUAAUAAUAUCAGUAUCGUAAUACAAAAAAGAGAAUGAAAAUAAAAUAAUAUGUGAUAAUCUAUAAAAAUAAAGGGAAGAAGAGGCUCUUAAUGGGGAAAUAGGGUGCUCAGCUUAAUAAUUAUGGUACUUCCGUCCAGGGGGGCGAUGUUUUGGGUAUCUGGAUAAUCCCUUGACGUCCGUGUUUAAGUAAUAUAAAUACGUUAAAAACGUGUUUUUUAUAUAGGCUUGUGACCCCCUUUAAAAAUCUGCUUGCACCACUGCUUCCUUUCUUCUGAUAUUUGGAGGGGUUCGGAGUUGUGAGUUCGAGAAUGAUGACGAAUAAAUAAGAAAUACAAUUUGUUUUACCUGUCUAUAUUCCACAGUGUUAGAGUUAACUGUGCCUAUUUCUGGAAUCGCCAUAGACGGCUGUCACAAUUCAAUUAAAAUAUUCUAACUUAAGUAUUUAGUAUUUCUAAAUUGUGUGCAUUUAUAAGAUAACAAAUAUGUUAAUAUUUCAAUUAAGAAAGAAAAAGAUUGAACCAUUAAAAUAAAUGUAUAAAAAAAUGUAAAUUUGAGUGAUUACCUGCUAAAAGUUCACAUCUACUGGAGCUAGUUAUUCGAGAGAGAUUUACGAAAGAAGUUGGUGAUGCAGGAUUCUCAACCCAGAGUUAACGUCUCGGGAUUUCUCGAAAGGUCAAGACACUCGAAAAGUUAUAAACAAGCCGAUAUUUCAUUCUUUUUUAGAGGUAGAUGAUCAUUCAUUAAUAAUACCGAGUUAUAUUGAUUCGAAUAUUGUAUAGAAAUUAUAAAGGUAUUUAGUGUUGGAGUGUGACGAUGGCGGUGUCAUCAAAGGACUGACACAUAUGCAUCUCUAUUUCGAUUUGAUUCGUAUUGAAAGUAACAUAUUAUGAGAAUGGAUCUCUCCCGAACAACGAAAACACCGUUAUAAUUCGUGAUUUUAAAAGGACUUUGUGUCGAUGUCGAUAGAAAAUAGUUAGUGAUGAAAUUUUAUUUAUUCGAAUUUAGUAUAGAAACUAUAAUAAUACUCUGAGUACGACUGUGGCAGUAGCGUGGCGGUAUCCUCAAAUGGCUGACAGAUGUCGUAUUUUCUAUUUUUUUUUGAUCCGUUAAAAAAUGUUUUGAUUGUAAGAAAUAUACAAUGAAUUUCUCUAGUACAACUAAUGCUUCGUUUUAUUUAUUAAAUUAUUAACUUUUUUUAAAUAUAAAAUACCAUGUAUUCGGUCGCUUUUGAUUUUUUAGUCAUGCUGUUAUAAAUAUAAACAAUUCUAUACAUGUUGUGUAAGCAUAACAUUUUAGUGUUGUUAGUUUUAUGAUAAAAAGCAGUGGAAUAUUUAUGACUUGUUGUUUUUUGGGGGGGAAAGGAGGUGCAUCAAAACAUUUUAGACAGCCAAGUCGAGUGAAUUAUUAUUAUUGAAUUGUGUUUAUAUCUCUCUUAGGUAUCAAGAUAUAGAAAAGACUGAUGUGGUUGCACAGAUAAUGUAAAUAGUUCUUGUCUGUAAGUUUGAUAAUAGGUUAAUUCACUCUAAUAUUAAAACCAGCAGCACAAUAUGCGGGUGCAGUGGCGUCUUUUUAAAACCGUUAAUUGUGUUACUUAUUUACCUACUGUCGCAUAUAAUAAUACGCAGACGAGUAAAAGAGAUACACCGCAUCGCAUCGUUUCCAUAAAACGUGUAAAAUAUUGCAUACUGUUUUUUAAAAGUUUCAACUAGUUUAUUGUAUAUUAGUAUAGACUAUAGGUAAUAAAAUAAUAUUAUUGUUUACGUGGGUUCAUAAAUAUGAUAAUAUAAUUAGUAAUUAUAUUAAUAUUUGGGGUGACCAUUAUCCGGAACAAGAAAUUCUGGAAAAGACAAGUCUAGAACGGCAAAAUCUGGAACAAUUGAUUUUAAAAAUUGUUCCAGGUAAUGUUAUGCUUCUAUUAUUAUCAUUGCUACUGGACGAUUUCUAUUAAAUUUGCCCGUCGCUAUAAAUUAUUAUUUGUAAUAGAUCAAUCAGUGUUAAUCGGUAUUAGUAAUAUUUCUCAAGUCUAUUAUAAUAAUAAUAAUAUUAUUAUUAUUAUGCUCGUGUAUAUAUUAUACCUACCUACAUUUUUAUACCGCUGCGAGACAUAUUAUAAUAUUUUUUAUACGCAUUAAUUAGACCAGAGCGCGCGCUAGUGUGUGUGUUGUGGUAAAAAAAAAAUGAAUUGCAUUGAUUUUGUUCUCCCGUCGUUGAUUUUAUGAUUUACUAUCGCAGUAAUAUUGUACACAGAUACACUACGGUUCAAAGUUCGCACCAGAGAAGCCAGAUCAGUAAUAUUUCGUUUAAUCAAACUUAAAUCGUAGAUUAUUUUAUUGUAAAUAUGUACUGUGAUUAUUUUGAUAAUUUAAUAUUGUUACCAGAUAAUUGGUAUGUUCGUUGUGUGCUGCUCGGUAUAUUUUAGUAUCAUAUUAUUGCUAUUGGCAUUAACAAUGUCUAGAAUACAUAAACAUAAACAAAAACCGUGGACAAAACCGGUUGUCAUUUCAAAACCAUUCACUAACCUAUCAUUUAUCAGUGUUAUUGUUAAUUUACACUCGGUACUACGUACUAUAUUAUAUUGUUAUAGUGUGUAUACGCGUUCAUUUGUAUUUCAGCAGUUCAUUAAAUGUGUUUCUGUAAUUUUUUUAUUUAUUAAUCGUUAUUACUCAUAAGUGAAUGUGAUGUAUAUUUUUCCAAUAUUCGUACGUUCCUUUUCAUAAUAUUAUUUCUCGAGUAAAAAAAAAAACCUUCAUUUUGCUUAUUCUAUAUCGCGGCGUCACUAGUAAAUUGAUUGUACGUUAUUAUCAUUUUUAUUUUUUGUUUUCCUGUCACGACAAUGCUUCAGCAAUCUUCUAAACCUCAGAAGGAAAAAAAACGCGUCCUGUCGACGUCUUCCGGCUUGCUUUCAAAAAGUACGCUGAGUAGUCAUUUGUCCGAUAACGAAUUGAUGUGUUUUUUCAACAUGGAAAAACACAGUAGCAACGCCAGGGAAUAUUCUCACAGGUAAAUUUAUAUUAUUUGGUACCUAUUGUCCGCGGUGUUCUGGCCGUUUGUCGACAUUGGUUGGUAACUAAUUUAAAAAGGAAAUUGAUUUUUUCCGCCUUCUACGCGAUUAAGUUUUAAAUUUUUUAUUUUAUCUACGAUUGUCCCCUAAUACACGGAAAUAACAUUGAUUGAUUUGUUCCUCCCUGCUAUCAUCAUGUACCGUGAACAGACUAUAGAUAAUUAUACUUACACGUUACUCAAAUUCGUCAAUAUAAUAAUUGCACACGUAUACCUAUACUAUGAAUACGAGCGUAAUUUUGGAGCGGCCUGUUGUUUUAGGCGUGCUCGUAAUAUUAUCAUAAUUAGGUGUUACGCGAAAUACCUAUCAAGUACCCAUCUAUACAUAAUAUUAUAUACCGAAGUGAAUUAUUUUUACGUUUGUUAUUCUUGUCGGUCGUCGUUUUCCGCUUAAACAUGCAUGGUUCGUCGUGCGUUAUUAACGCAUUUAGAUUUAAUUAUCCGCAAGCUAUAUAAAUUUUAAUUAUAUAAAUCGAGAAUAGGUCAUACUUGUUCAUUAAUAUUCUGCACGUGUGCUGGGCGAUGUUGGCUAUAAUAUAACCACCAACAACCAUAAUAAUAUAUAGGUAGGCACUCUUCAGUAUGUAUAGUAAACGAUAGUAGUCGUCAUUUCGUGAGACGUAUUUUGAAUAGGUUAUUUGAGCGUUCGCGAGCUUCUCGUUAUUUUUGUUUUUACUUAAAUAUCAGUAAGCAUCCGCCUCAUGUUACGUCUCAAUAUCAACGCGGAGUUUAAUGCAAAUUUAGACCUAUCUAAAGGAUGCCGCGCACUGUGAUUAGCUAAUAACGCGUGUGUGCGCGACGUGAUUUAAAUAUAAGAACGUAAUUAGCCAGGUAGGCUAAAUACAACCAUACUGGGCGUUUUCGACGCCCUAUAAAAAUAAAAAUAAAAUUUAUGACGACUUGUAUAUUGUCGUAUUGUAGUGGCACUUUCAUUUUCUACUUAAUGCUAAACAGACAUAGGUACCUACGUCUUGUUAUUUUUAUAACUGAUAUAACUUUAUAAUUAAUUCAAUGGAUCGCCAGUUUUUUGAAGUUAUUUAUAUGGCAGAAGCCGUAAAUGAACUGUUUGAAGUUUAAAACGACCGGAAGUACUGGUACUGGUGUAAAUGUAUGCCAUAGUAAUGAAUAUUGCAGUAUAAUAUGCAGUGUAUAUAUUAUAAUGACAAUAAUGAUGAAUAGGUCAAAUCGCUGACGGGAAAACGUGCUAGUGUGUUACCAUUCAUACAAAUCGAUGUGUUUCGAUUGUAAUUUGCGUUUUGGGAAGCACGUUUCGAAUAGUAGUUUUCGGCGGCCAAAACGCUGCAUGUUGCGUUGGUUCGCGGUUGAUUGCGGAGCAAACGCACUGUUUGACACUGCCCGUCUAUUUAUGGCUGAAACGGAAACGAAAUGGUUGAUUACCUUAUAAACUCAGUUUAAAAAUCAACGUUUACAUUGGUGAGAACGGGCCUAAAUUGUUACGAAAUACCCAAGUAUCCCGAGUAAGGCUGUAUAAUUUUCCGGAAAACGUAGGCGUAAGUACUUACUACUGUAGGUCGUAGGUGCUUCCUAAUUUCGAACAACGGCACACACACUAUUCAAUAGGUAUUUUAGUAUUAAGCAUUUAUUAACUAGCGAAUAUAAAAUAGUAAAAAUGCACGUUAAUAUUCGUAUAGUGUCGUCCUAUAUUUUAUAAUCAUUGAUCGUUGAUCGCAUGCAUAAUAAUAAUGUUUCGUAUAUUGUUUUAAUCGUUAUAUUAUUACAUAGUUACAAUAUUAUAUUAUAAUUUAUAAAUAAUAUGAAUUAGCGAAAUCGUAUAUGUGCAAAAUUACAUUUGUUUACACAAAUUUAUUUGGAAAAUUGAAAUUCUUGUAUAGAUAUAAGUAGCACUUCAUGUUUAUCAUAUGGAUAGUAUUAUUGUAAAUACUCGUAUGUCGCCUAUUGUUCAAUUCUAUUAUUUUGUCUGUUAUAUUUCCAGUGUUUAGUGUUUUUAUUAUUAUUAUUUUUAUACCUGUUUAUCAUUUUGAAACGUUUCUGUUUACACUAUUAUGUGUUUUUCUUUGACAAACAGAUUCUUAUAAGUAUUAUAUAAACAGAAAUUUUACACGGAAUAUUAGAUACUAUUGACGGAAAUGUGUAAGUUAAUUAUGUUCAAUUAACUGUCCAAAUUAUGAACUCCUAAUCUAUCAAGGAGAUAGUAUAAAUUUGAUAUAAUUGUUUGAGUGCUCGGCAUACCUAUAUUAUACUAUACUAGUAUUACGGUAUUAUAUUAGGUAAUACAAUUUGUUAAAUAAGAAUAAUUUUAAAACGCAUGACUCCAAAAUAAUAGUAAUAGCAUAAAUAAAUAUUAUUCGACUAGGUAUAAGUACAUACUUUUAGAACAAUAUUGUUGAAUACGUGACAAUAUCGCGUAAUUACAAAUUCUCAAAUAACUGUUUUAUUUAUUUAAUUGUUAAAUAUAAUACUAAUUUAUAGUUUACUAAUAGUGCAGUUUUUUUUUUUUUUUUUUAGCAAAAUGUAAAUAGAUAAUUCUAAGUUUGAAAUAUUUAAUGCAGAGUAGUCUAUUAAGAUUUUAAAGUUAAUGCUUAAUAAUAAUAACAACGUAUUAUCUCCCAAAAUGAUACGAAAAAAAAAAAAUCAACAAUAGGUUAAGUUUUAUCAUUGUUUUAUGUAAUCAUAUUAGAACCGAUAUAAUAUUAUCAUAUUUUAGUUUUAUACUGAUAUGUUCGUUUUUCAAGGCCGUCCGUGGGUGGGGAAGGAAAAGUAGGUAAUAAAUUAUACACGUGCUUAAAUAAUUUAAAUAUACUUAAAUAAAUAACUGUUACAUAGGUACGUGAAAUAAAAUAUUGAUAUAGUUUUUCUUAUAACUCGGUGUACCUGUUAUAAUUUUUAUAGAAACAAUGUCUGUACGUAUAUUCGAAAAAAUAAAAAAAAAAUGCUUACCUAUGUGUAGUGAAGUGACAUAGUUGAAAUGAAAGAAUUAAGACAUUAAAUUCAAUGAGAAUAAUUAGUCGAUUACUCAAUUACUCGAUAACUUCAUAAUAUAUAUAUAUAUAUAGAUAUCUAUAACUUGUAAGUACAGUAGAAGCCUCUUAUUGGGAACACGGAUAAUUGAUACAAUCGCAUUAUUGAAACAAAAUGUACAGGACCGGUCGUAUGUUAAAACAAUCGUGUAUUAAAACCAAUCGUUUAUUAGAAACAAUCGGUUGACACGUUUCACCUCGGUCCCAAAGUGUUCCUAAUAAGCGGCUUCUACUAUAUAAUAAUCUAUUAAUAAAAAGAUAUAAUAUAUUUCUAUCUCUAAUAUAAAAAUAAACUAUUCAAUAAAAAAUUAAUAUUCUCUUAUAGCAUAGACGUUAGGUAGGUAAUGUAAUUAAAAAUAUGAGCAUGUUAAAAAUCUAUGCUUAUAAGUAGAGUUCGGAUUUAUAUGCAUUUGCAUAUUUAUUCUGGUUGAUUGUAUGACACGCUGAGUGAGCACAAAAUGUGUUUCAUGACAACGAUUUAAAAAAUUUAACGUUUUUGGUGCGUAUUUUUGGUAUUUCGACAUUUGCCCAUUUUUUUCUAUUUUAAUUGCAUAUUUCAUCUAUUAGUGCAUAUUUCGGUAGUUUUUGGUUUUUUUUUUUUUUUUGACGUUUUUGAAAUAUAUACUAUUGCAAUAUAAGAAAAGAAUGUUAUAUUUUUAUAGUUUCGAUUAAUAUCAAAAUAAAUGAAUUUGUAUACUUGUAGGUAUAAACGGUUUUCCGAAAUAUGACCGUAGAUCAAUAAUCGGUGAAAUACGUAUAUCAAGAUAAGAACAUCGAUUACGACUAUUGACCAUUGACAUUAUUUGAGGCGCGUUAAAAUAUUUAUCGUGUAUUCAUGUGUGCUUUCUGUUGCAAUUCGCGUUUUUAUUACUUUAUUUUUAUCAAAAUGCCGAAAGAUAAAUCGUCGUUAUCGAGAGUCUUAUACAUUAAAAUUACCUGCAAAAUGAUGAAAGUGAAGAAAAAAAUGAAAAAAAGUAUUUAUUGUAAGGUUUCAUAAUUUUAAAUUUAUUGUUUUAAUUAAAUGUUCAAAAACUACAUUUUUUUGCUAAUUUUGUUAUGCAUAUUUUAACAUUUUAGUGCAUAUUUUUAUACAUUUUAUAUAUUUUAUCUAAGAUUUUUUAGCACAUAUUUGAUUGGUUUUGAAUGCAUAUAAUUCCGCGCUUUACUUAUAAGGGAUAUUUCAAUUACGAGUAAUAGAAACUUUUGAUAUUUCAAAAUAAAUUUCUAUUAUACUUACUUAUUCAGAGCGUUGAAUGCGAAAUAUUAUUCUAACCGUUUUUACGCUUCAUUAGUAUAUAAUAGGAUUAUAAUACGUGUAUAUUAUAAUCUUGAAUCUUGUAUAGGCGAUAGACCCCUUUAUAUAUUUUGGAUUUGUUUUAAUGUCUGCUUUUAAGUUUAGAGCGUAACGAGGGUUAUAUUGGUUUUAAUAUAUAUAUAUUUUUUUUUCACUUUCUUUUUGUAUCUGUAAACAAAUUUUCUACCAGAAAUGUUGUUCCGAUGUAAAGAGUGUAGUACUUUUUUUAAAAGGAAAUUUCGUCUAGUUGGUGCAUUAAUGAAGUCAAUUUUUGAUUUUUCAAAGAGUUUUCAAAAUGAUAAGGAAAAACCAGAAAGAAAAUUAUAGGUAAAACGAUAAAUACCGUUUUUAUUAUUUUUAAUUUUUGCAACUUAUAUUUUUCAUCGAAAAUAUUGGUCCAAUCGAAAAAUUAAAAGAUCCGUUUGUUACUUUUAAUAUUUAGCCACUGACAGAGGAGGUCAUUUUUUGAUAUUUAAAGUAUUUUUCAUAAUAAUUGGGAAAAACCAAAAAGAUGAAGAAUAAGAUUUUUUGAAAUUACGACGCAACGAUUUAAUUAUUUAAAAUUUUUACGGUAUGUGUUUUCUACCAUAAAUAUUGCUCUAAUAGAAAAAUGACAGGAGACCUUAUUUGUAGAAUUUUUAAUUUAGUUUAUGAGUAAAAAAUUUGUUUUUUAUUUCCAUUGUAGUUUUUUUAAUAAUUGAGCCAAACCGAGAAAAACAUAGAAAGAACGGGAAAAUGUACACAACUAGUAGUUUUAUUAUUUCUAAUUUUGUUUUUUUUUUCGUUGUAAAUCAGUUAAAAAUGCUCACAGUUUUGAAAUUUAAACAGAAAACUUACAUUUGGCUUUUUCUAGACGUGCUAAAAUUUUUAAAACAUAUGGACAUUUUAAUUUUGCGAGUUUUUAUGUAAUUUUUAUUUGAUAGGUACUCUAUGGGUAAAAUUAUUGGACUUAACAAUAAUGCUUGAUAAUUUAACAGGUCGUUCAUUAUAAUUCGUAUUUAGUGCCUAGUGGUUAAAAAAAAAAAAUGAGUAUGAUGUAAAAUUUUUUUUUAUGAGAAUUUUAAUAUCGAAUUUUGAUGAAAAUUGUAAAUAUUACGGCCUUUCAAAACAUGUUUAACCGAAGUUUACUCAGAAUCAUAUUUCGUUAUUAAUGAUUUAUCGUUGCUUACAGAUAUAAAUGAAAUAAUUUUAUGUAUCCUACCUUCCGAACUUCCUACAUACAGUAUAGCACACCCGUCCCCAGUUUGAGCUUUUUUUUGUAUUUUUUCUUCUUUCUUUAAACAACUAUUCUAUACCAGAAAUCUUGCUCCAAUCAUCUACGUCAGGUGUGGUUGUUAUAGUAACAAAUUGUGUAUAAUUUGCGCUUUAGGGGAGGGUAAUAAUUGUAAUUUUUAUGAUUUUCCUUAUAACAGUUUUUUAAUAAUUGUGAAAAAUUGAAAAAUUGAAUACAGUAACCAUUUUCGUUAUUUUUGAUUUAAUAUUUUUUUGUAAUUCAAUUAAAAAUAAACGUAUUUAAUUUGAAAUCUGCUCAGUAUAUUUAUAUUGACCCUUUAGUACACUUUUCUGACUUUUCAACAUAUUUUUACAAUUUUUAGCUAUUUAUAUUAGUUGUUGUAUUUGAAAUUUUUAAGGUUUUAUGUGAAUGAAAUCGGUUUGGCUCAGUUAAAAUGUUUCAAAAUAUAACACGGAGUUCAUAUAAGUUUUAUUCGAUGAUAAAAAGAUAAAAAAUGAGAUUAAUUUACAGUUUUUUUGUAUAAGCGUUGUAAGUGCAACAUUUUUUACAAACAUAAAUUAUAUAAUUGUAUAUUCUACCUUCCUAACUUCUCAUCUACAACCGUGGCACACCCGUCAGCUGUAUCAUCAUCCUUUUUUUCUCUCUGAAAACAAAUCCUGUCCUGGUUUUAUCCGGUUAUUUUAUAAUACAGAUCACUAUAAUAUUUAUAAAUAAAAUAAAAUACUGACGAAUUCAUAUUGUGUCUAACUCAAUGACAAACGUAUUUAUUAGCUAUUACCAGGAAUAUGCUUUAUCGGACUAGUUAGUAUACUACUUACUACCGGUAUAAUAAAUUGUUUAUAUAGUGAUGACGUACUAAUAAAAUAUGAUACUCAUGUUAGGUUUAUUAAUUUGCACUUGAUCUACAACUUCUAUUAAUAAAAAAUACACAUAAGGUCAUUAUACAGAUAUCAACACAAAUUAACGUAGUCAAGUUCACACUCGAGGCUUUUGUUUUCACAGCUCAACAUGAUAUUAUGUGAACGAGUACAUGGUCACAUUUUAAUCGUACACAAUGAUUCAAGUAUAUUAUAUUUUGUACAUUUCUCUACAUGACUUGGGGUAUGAGUUUUUUUUUGAAAAAUUUGUAAUAUUAUAUUGGGUAUUUGAUGGGUACCUCUAAAUUUUUUCUUUUGUGAUUUAUUAAUUUAAAUUUUUUAUUAUUCAUUACUAAUAUUGACAAACGAAAUUUUGAACAUCUAUGUUUUAGAUUCUUAGUGGAAUGAAUAAGCUUAUGGUAUUAUAAUAAUGUUUACUUUUUUAUGUUUUUUUUUUAUCUGUGAACAACUUUUCUACCAGAAAUAUUGUUUCAAUUUACAAUGAUAGCAAUUUUUCUGUUAGGAAAUCUGUCUGGGGAGGUACAUUAUGGGGUAAUUUUUUGAUUUUUCUCAAUGUAUUGGAAAAACCAGAAAAAGCGGAGGAAAAACGGGAUAACGGGAAAAUAAGUACAAUAACAAAUAUUGAACAAAUAUUAUUAAAUAAAAUAUUUAAUGCGUAUGCAAUUAUUUUAAUAUAAUAUGACAUACUCAUUGUUGACAAAGCAACACUAUCCACUGAACUCCGCUCAGAAUCAUUUUUUUUUUAGAAAUGGUUUAUAGUUGCUUACAGAUAUAUAUUAAAUUGCCAUCUGUAUCCUACGUUCCCAACUUCCCACCUAUAACAAUUGCUCCACGCACGUGUAAAGUUGCCCGGUUUUUUAAUCUCAUUCCCUUACCUCCUUAUUUGCAUCUAUGUUAUUAACACUGUUUUAUGUUUUUAUAAUAUUUUUAGAAUCGUAGGUUAACUACAAAUAUAGGUAUAAUCUUUAUGGUUGUAUAGCCAUUUUCCAAAAAUGAGAUAAUAUUUUGCUCUGUUGUCCAUUUUUUUUUCAAAAUAAAGGAUACGGAAUGUAUUUCAGGGGAAAGUGACCGUUAAGCAUCAUAUGAAAGUACUCUAAAAAUUAUGGACCCCUUUUAAAGUGGGGGUCUAACAUUUUUAUUUUUUAAGUAAUAAGCUAUUUAAAUUUUUUUUUAAUGAAACCGUAUCUACCAUACAUUUAUUUUAUGUACCUUGAAAACUUUAAAUUUAUGAAUCUAAUUUUUUUUAGAUUCAGAAGAACAAAGCGAAGAAUGUAUUGGUUUUACAAAGAUGUUUAUUUUUUUAUGUGGACACUUUUUCUACCAGAAAGCUUACUCUAAUAUAUACGAUGUAGACCCUUUUCUGAAAGGAAAUUUACUUGGGAUGGUACUUGAAGUAGGUAGUUUUUUUUUCUUUCUCAGGAUUUUUCUCACUAAAUGUAAAAAAUCUAAAAAAAAAAUAUAUUAGUAAAAUAUUGCGGGUAUAACGCGUUUACUGUCUCAGCCCAACUACUAGGUAACAUACAAAAACAAUCCUUACGCAGAAUAAGCAGUUUUCAUCGUAGUAGUUCUCAUCGUAGUUUUCUGCAUGUUUGGUACCAUAAUGUGGUUUUAAAUUAUGUUCUUUAAGUACUGUAAUAAAUUGUUGGUUUCUUGGCCUUUUGUUUAACUUGAACAAAAUAUAACUGCUGGAUCUUUUUUCUUGAAAUACGGGAUUUUCGUCAGAGAUUUUACGUUUUUUAUUAACUGGCAUUUUAUAUUUACGGUGAAAUUAAGAGAAAUACUUCGUGUAUUAUGUUCCUUUAAGACACUAUAUUAAUGCGGGUACUAUGCCACCAUUUUUCAACUCGUUUAUUAAUAUCAAAAAUGAUUAUAAUUGUAAACGCGUCAAUUUCAUAUCUGAUAUGUUACGUUAUUUUACUCUGUAGCCCAGACAUAUUAUAUAAUGGCUAAUUGAAAGUUUAUACAGUCAAACUACUUAGCACAAGCAUAUCGCUGAAAAUAUUAAUACACACACAUAUAUAUAUAUAUACCGAGUGAUUCAUUUAAGUGGUUACACUCAUUAUUUCGGAAAGUAUUAACUUUUUUUGGAUUUUGAUUUCUCGAACAUUUAAGAAACAAGCAAUUCUACAAUUUUAUAUUCAUGUUAUUUUUUGUCACCCUUAUUUUUGGGAGUAAAACCACCACUUACUUUUGAUUUUCAAACGGUAACCUACAUUAAAAAUUCCAUAAAUAAAUGAAGUAUUAGUUAAAAUAAAUAAAAGUGUUGAAAUUUUUGAUUUCUGUCAAACCAUUAACCAGAUAUUUCACUUUUAAGUUUGGGUUGGAGAAGAGAAGUGGUGAAUUAUUAACAUGCCGCAUGCCGUACCGCCACAAGAGAACAAAUUCCGAAAAAAUUUAAUAUUUUCUGAAAUGAAUCACUUGGUAUAUAUAUAUAAAUUUUAGUCGUGAAAAUAAUACUUAAUGUUUUGUUUAAUACAAUAAAGUUCAAGUUUUUAUUAAUAUAACAUAUUUAAUUUAUUAACAACAUGAAUAUGUAAAUAGGUAAUUUAAUUUAUCUUAUUGCAUAUUUCUCAAUUUUUCAUUAACGAUGUUUUAUUAAUAACCGUUCUAUUUUAAUCAAAAUAGGAAAAAUACACGUUAUUCUUAAAAUGUGAUUGUGGGUCGCAAAUAAAAGCAAGAUUCCUGGGCUACAACUUGGUUUGAUCUCUAGGAUUAUUUUUUGGGUCAAUAAAUAAUAUUAUAAAAUGCCGUAAAAUAAAAAUUAUUUUUUUUUUUUUUGUUUUUAUAAGGUAAUCAUUUUUUUUUUACAUUAUAAAAUGUGAAGUUCAAAAUGGUAAUUUAUUUGUUUUUUCAAUAAAUAAAGCCUCGGUGAUUAUAUGGCCAUUAGUUGAAACUAGUAACUAGUUGACAUGUGUUUACACUUUAUCUUAUUUACAUUAUAUACAUUAUUUAUUUUAUAGAACCUAGAACGUUUAAUUUUAUAAACAGUUAAAAAUUAUAAAAUUAAUGGUAAUUAACAUAUUAUGUAUUUAAAAAAAGUACAUUUAUUAAUUUAAAAUUACAUAUCAAUUGGUUAAAAUCAGUGCUGUCAUCUUUAAGAUAAAGUUUUAACAAAAAAUCUACAUAAUUCAUAAAUCAUUAUAACAUACUUUAUCUACUUAUGUAAAACAAAACGGGCAUUCACCAGUUCUAAGGCAUUCAAAACAUAUUCCAGUUGCCCUUUUCCAAGUAUACAAGUUGCCCUGAACUAAAUGUACGUGCUGCUCCUAUCGUAUAAAACAGCGCGUAUAUUGUACAAAGAGAGGAAUUUUACCAAAAUGGAUAAUUUUAUAUAAUAUAGAAAAUUGUAUACGAUAAAUAAUGACAAGUAAUGAUCCUCAAUAGUCGAUAGGUACCUACAUAACAUUAACUACAAUAAAUUAUAAAUAAAUUAUACUUUAUCGAAAUAUUCGUUAUUAUCAUAAUGUCAUCUUUAUAAAAUUUUCAUUAUUUUAAUAUUAAUUUUUUUUGACAAAAUACAAUGUAUGCCAAUUAUUAUUAUUUAUUAUCAUUGCAAAUAUUGUUCAUACACCCGUUUAGCAGUGUCACAAUUAGGGAUUAUGGAGCUGAUGUGCAAACUUUUUUAUUUUGGGGUCUAAAAAAUUUGCUUUUUCUAAACGUGGUAAAAUAUUCAAAAAAUUUAAGCCAUUUUUAAGCUAUUUAUAGACAUUUUAAUAUUGCGAGUUUCGUACAUAAUUUUUAUUCGGUAAGUACUCUAUGGUAAAAUUGUUAGACUUUAUGCUCAAAAAAAAAAAAUUAAUUUAAUGCAGUAUUUUUUUUAUAAAGUAAUUUUAAUACCAAAUGUUGACGAAAAUCUUUCGAGUAAAAUAUUAUGUGCAUACUUUUCUACAAAAAAUCUUGUUCCGAUGUAUCAAGUGUAAUUUAUUUUCUGAAAUUCUGGAAAUUUUAACUUUGUUACUAAGAGAACCUAUAGAUAUAAAAGAACAAGGUCCAAAUCCACAUUAUAUAAUACAGCUUAAAAAUCUUUCUUUAAAACUCAAUUGUUUCGGUCUUUAGUAAUUUCAUAUUGCUUAGGUACCUAAUAUGUCUUUAGAACUUUUACAAAUAUUGGAAUGUUUCUUUUAAAUUUUUUUUCGAACUUUGGGACCUACAUUGGUUUGGAGGCCGAUGUGCAAUGCACACUUUGCAUACCCGGUAAUUGCGGCACUGCCUCUCAGUAAUAUAAUCGGUAGGUACUACGUAUAGCGUGUACUGUUUUAUGUAUCCACCGUACACUCAGUUUUGUACGUAAGAAUUAAUAUUUUUUUUGUUCGAAAAUUCUUCGCGUAGCCUAUUGAACAGCGGCUCCAACAGAACAGGCUUUUAGAACAAAGGCUUCAAUAGGUAACAAUCAUUUGUACGCAUAGUAAAUCGUAUCAUAAAUACAAAAUUGUUUAAACGUCUGUGUGUAACGUUACCAAAAACAACUGUCAGUUCCAUUUGCGUUUAGUGCUCACCAUUGUUUUUUUUGUCUAGGUACCUACGUUAUAGCAUUAUCGUAAAUUGUUACUUGUAUCUAUGUUUAUAUAUUUUUAGUAGGUUUAAGCAAUUUUAGGCUUAGUUAGCGACUGACCAGUCUGCACUUCGUGUUAUCCGUUUGUAAAGUAUUUAUCAUUUAUUAUAUUAUAAUUUGUUGAGUUAUUUUUAUACCCAUCUGUUUUACUACCAACUCGUUUAUUUUUAUUACUAUGUAUUUGCGUAUUUAGAUAUUAUUGUUUGCUGGAUCAAAAGGGUCAUACUAUUAUAUAACCAAAUUGUUACCAGUAAUAAACAGCCGUAAUUACCAAAAUUUUGUUACUAUUUUUUUACCUAGUUAUUAAGUCAUACACACGAAUACAUACCUAUUCAUCACAUCACAUAUUAGCGUUCACUGGUUUUGCCCGGCGAACCCAACCACUUCCAUUUGAACUUCUUAGUUGGUAGGUAAUACGCACAAGGAAAAUGGUGCCCGGGUUAUGCGAAAUUUUUAAUUAGUCCUAAAGUAGUCCUAGUCUAGGAUAUUAAUCAAUUAAUAAGUUGAAUCUUCAAAUGACGUAAUAUUUGUUAUCUUUUGCCGGUUAGUUUAUUUUGUAUUUCUACUGUAUUUCAACGGUUAAGGCAGUGCUUGCUAAAAUGAAUACUUAUUGUACCUAUAUAUUUAUGAUUAAAUUGAUUCCAAUAAAUUCAAUUAAUGUUUGAAGUAAAGUAAAAAUGGUUUGAGGGGCGAAAAAAUGUUAAAGAAACGUAGUAGGUAGUGGUGUAAAAUAGUCUCUCAUUUUUGGAAAAAAAAUGGUGAGAACAUAAUCGUUAUUUGAUUAGAAUAUUUAUUUGUUCAUUUCGAAUUCGUAUUUUCAAAUAUAUAAGAUUAUGUAUUAAGAUAAGAUUAAUAAUACUAUUCUGUCGAUUUCCUACAAUCAUAAUAGGCAAUAUGUUGUGCAAAAAGAAACAAAAAAUACUCGGUGAGCGGAUGUAUAAGAUUUAAAAAAAAAAAAAAACCGACAGUUUUACAAUGUCCGUAUUAUUGUAAUAAAUUUAUCUGUGCAUCGCAUAAUACGGUGAUGUUCGUGCGUGUAUGAUUGUAAUAAUAAUUAAUGAUUAACAAGCACUCAUGAGCUCGCCGCCGCCGUUGGCGGAUGGGCUAUAUCGGCAUAAUAGCUCUCUCGAAUCUAAUCUAAGCAUGUAUAACACGAAAUGAUUCGUGCUAUCCCAAUUAAUAAUCUACCGCGAUAUCCAUUGUCGACGAUGAUCCACCGGCGGCAUUUGCCGUUUACCAAAUCACCAUUAGUGACUUUCAAUCGUUCUCGUUCCAGGAUAUUCGUCAACAGAAGUUUACAUCUGGAGAACAUCAAAUUCUAUGGAUUCGACAUGGAUUACACGUUGGCUGGUAAGUGCACGUGCCGCCGCGCCCGUUCAUUGACCGGCGUGUUGUUUUUAAUUUUAACUGCUUAAUUUUAGCGUACUUAUCUAUUUAAGUGAAGUGGAACGUACGGGCCAGUACAUAUUUUGUAUUUUUAUUAAAAUUUGAACUUUAAGCGCUUACAAAUAAAUUGAUUGUACUACGCUGAAUUAUUUUUUUUUCCAUUAUUGCAACUCAUUAUUAACCUUAUGUUCAAUUUUUGAGCGUUUUCGCAUGGAUCAACAUAAUUUUAAUAAUACAAAACUAAAUAAAAUCUUAAAAUAUUUGAAAUGGCUACAAAUGACUGAAAUAUUUCCAGAAUAUUUUGAAAAUUGCAAUAUAUUAGGAAUAAACUGUAUAUCUUAAAGAUUUCCCAACGUUUAUUUCUAAGAGUACCUUCAAAAUUGAGAAUACUAAAAAAAAAAAAAAACAAAAAAAAAAUUUUAUACUAGAAACCAUUAUCUCUCCAAUUAAUUAUCAGAGCAAGAUUUCUGAUAGACAAGUUAUUUACCUAUAGACAAAAUAACAAAAACAAAUAUUAUAGUGAAUCUAAAAUAAAGUUUAUGAUAUUUAAGCAAAAAUCUAGCCUGCAGUAGUGUUAUAGUGUUUUUUUUCAUAAAUUAUUAAUCACAGAAUUCUGUUUAAAAUUGAUAUGAGAAGGGUGUAGGGGUAAAGCUCCUCACGAGUUCGGUUUAGUUAAAUAAUUUCAAAGGAAGCUGAUUUUGUUUUAAGUUUUAUUGUCAAAUUUAUUUGAUUUUCUAAUUCAAAAACUGGGUGUGCCACUGCUGUAGCCUGUAAGUGGGACGUUUUGAUUUGAUAAUAGGAUACAUAAAUUUAUUUAGUUUAUAUUUGUAGGUAUGCAGUGAUUAACUCUUGUUAAUGAAAAACGAUUCUGAAUGAAGUUCGACUACAUAUGUUUUUAAAUGCAGUAUUUUUAUAAUUUUCGUUGAAAUUUGGUUUUAAAACGCUUAUAAAAACUACUUGUCAUAUUGCACUCAACGUUUUUGACCACUAAGUAUAUCUUAUUAUGAAUGUCAUCGUGUUAAAUUUUGAAAUAUUUUUAUUAAACCAAUUAGUCAAUCAAUUAUAUCAACAUAAUAUCUAUCAAAUCAAAAAUAAAAAAACUCGAAAAUGUCCUAAAGGCCUAUAAAUAGUUCAAAAAUCGCAAGGAUUUUUUAAAUAUUUUUAACACGUUUAGAAAAAAAUCUUAUAUAUGAGUAAGUACUAUGAAAACAUUUCAGAUCUCUACAGUUAUUUUAAAUAGAAUUUUACAAUAAAAAAACAAAAACAAAAGUAAUGAAUAUGUCAAUGCCCUAAAAUUUCCCAUAUUUCCUAAGUUUUUUUUCAAAUUAUUAUAAAAGCUGCUUGGAAUAUCUAAAUGUGACCCCCUCAAUGUACCAACUAGAUCCAAAAUGCGCCAAAAAAAUUAUUUUUUCAUUUUUUGAUUAGAGCAAGAUUUCUUUUUGAAAAGUUGUUUACAGACAGAAAAAAUCGCACACAUUUCUUGCUUCUUUCAAAAUAUAUAAAAAAAUUUGUCAUAACAUUAAUAUUGUUGUUCUGUCUGCAGAGUACAAGUCUCCGGCGUACGAGAGACUGGGAUUCGCGUUGGCCGUCGAAAGGCUCGUGGCGAUGGGGUAUCCCACUCAGAUAUUGCAGUUCGAAUACGACCCGUCGUUCCCGGUCAGGUAUGUCUGAGCCAUAUUAUUGUAUUAUUUUUGAUGACAACUGAGGUACAAAAUGAAAUAGAACGGAACCUAUUUAAAAAAAGUUGAAGGUAUACUCUUGGUUUGUUUGCAGUCAAAUAGUGCGAUGAAAUGAAGUAGAAUUUAUGAAUUAUGUUUAAUAUACAUAUUAAUGCACAUAUUAUAUAUGUAAAGUAAAACUAUAUUUUAGAACUAGUUUUGUGAUCAAAUUAAGCUAAGGGAUUGCGAAUGGCCUGUUUGAUAAUAAUAUAUCGAUAUUUAAAUACCUAUGUUUAAUUUUGUUUUUUGUUGUUCUUAUCGCAGAGGUUUAUGGUUCGACUCAUUGUAUGGUACUCUACUCAAAGUCGAUUCGUACGGUAACAUACUCGUAUGCGUACAGGGUUUCGAGUUCUUAAAACAGUGAGUUAUUACAUUAUAUACGAAUUAAUUAUACAUUAAUCUUUUGUUUUCUUUAAAAUACUGCUGUGUUAAAUACAAACAAAUUGUUUAUUACCACUAUCCGAAAGUUUUUCAAAACUAUGUUUAUAAUUGUUUCCGUUUUAAAAACAUUAAUAUGACUUCAAAACAAACGUUUCAAAAUAUUACUUGCAUCUAUAAUAUUAUUGUAAAUUAUGUAUUGAAACAAUUAUUAUUUUUCUUUUGUCAGUUCUCAGGUGUACGAACUGUAUCCUAAUAAAUUUCUUCAGCUCGACGAAUCUCGCGUCUACGUGCUCAACACAUUGUUCAACUUACCCGAAACGUAUCUGUUGGCUUGCCUGAUCAACUAUUUCACGUCUUCGCCUAACUACUCGAGGUUCGUGACCGUGUUUGCUAGCGGUUUAAACAUAAUGCAAUUUAAUGUUCGUGUAUCUAGGUAUAAUAGAUACUUGAAAUUAUUUUUAGAGAAAAAACGGGAGUAUGCAGUGGCGAUUUGCUAAUGUCGUUUAACUCUAUAUUCCAAGAUGUGAGAAACGCCGUAGACUGGAUACACGUACAUGUAAGCAUAUUUUUGUAGAGUAUAAAUUGUUAUUUUUUUACAGUUUCAACCCUAUAUUUUUUCGUAAAUCUCAUUCUAUUCCCUCUCGUUUUCCUCCAAUAUAUUAUCCGCUACUUUUAUAUACGUAGACACUACCUCUUUUAUACUUACUACAUCUUAGCACUCAUUUUGACUAGUCCGAUUCAAUGUCCAACACUCAGACCCAUACACAUACUUUAUAUAUACAUUUUUAUAUUUUAUAUUUUUGAAACAGGGUGAUUUAAAAGAAAGGACUAUUCAAAACAUAUCCGAUUACGUCACAAAAGACCCUAGGUUGCCGAUGUUUUUGGCCAGGAUUCGCGACAGUGGCGCAAAAGUGUUCCUGUUGACCAACAGUGAUUACCGGUUUACCAAUAUGAUAAUGACAUAUCUAUUCGAUUAUCCACACGGAGCUUCGGUUUGUUGACGUUGCAUAUUGGUAUAAUUUUAUAUUUUGUUAUAAAUUAUAAUCCGUUUCACAGGAAACCGAACCACACAGGGACUGGCAAACAUACUUCGACAUAGUAGUAGUGGACGCGAGGAAACCGCUGUUUUUCAGCGAAGGUACGAUUUUACGAAGAGUGGACACGAAAACCGGUGCUUUGAAAAUGGGCACGCACAUUGGGCCAUUGUUGAAAGGUCAAGUCUAUUCAGGAGGUAUGUUUGUAAACCUAUAUAUUAUAAUAGUUCGCGUAUCUACGAUAUAAAUUAUACAAUAUAUAAUGCACAUGAUAUUUAAGAUACACAUCGUGGCAAUUGGCAUGAUUACUGCAUUUUGUGUUUUUAGGCUCUUGUGAUAUUUUCACCAAACUUAUAGGCGCCAAAGGCAAAGACGUCCUAUAUGUGGGUGAUCAUAUAUUCGGAGAUAUUCUCAAGUCGAAAAAGAUACGUGGCUGGAGGACGUUUUUAGUUGUGCCUGAAUUGGUUCAAGAAUUACACGUGUGGACAGAUAAAUGUCAGCUGUUCGCGAAUCUGCAAAAUUUCGAUAUAGCUCUAGGUAACAUGUACAAGUAAGUAUAUAUAGCAACAAUAUUAAAUAAUACAGUGGCGUCAUUUGAAGAGCGGCAGGAAAGCCAUUUCCCCCCACCCAUGUCAUCAGCGGGCCUCUAUUGGGCCGGGUAUGAGCUAGUUUUGGGCCACAAGCCUACAAACAUAAUUCAUGAUUUAUGUUGUAUACGAUCACUCAGAGCUACAUUUUUUAAGAUUUAUUUGUGAAAAUAAUUGUGAUAUAUUGCAUGCAAUAUUUUUUUUAUUGUACUUUUUAUUAACAUUCAUUGCACUUUAGCUAAAAUUGUCAGGUUCUCAUAAGAGUCCAUGUAAAAUUUAGAGUGUGUCAAUUCUUGUUUAAUUUAUUCUAUGAUCAUACGGAUGGCCAUGGUGACCAUGGUGACAUGGUUAUAAUUUUUGUAAAUACAUGUAUACUCCAUACAUAUUGGCACAAAUAGAACAUAAAUUAGGGGAAAAUUAACCUCAAAUUAAAUCUUCAUAUAGUAGCUAAUAGGUAAUAUAUUUAGGUAUCCCUUUACAUAUAUAUUUAUUAUUUAGUCAUUGUUGUCCCUCAAAAAAAUGGGUUAUUCAUGCCUGUGAUAGUAUGUAUAAAAUUAGGUAAAAGAAUAUUUGUAUUGAGAUAAAAAUGUAACUGUGAUGGAUGAAUUAGUGAGCUGUUUUUAUCAGUUUUAUUUUGGGCCGGUCAAAUUUUUUGCCCAUUCUUUUCAAAACUGAAAUGACUCCACUGAUAUAAUACAUACCUAAUCAUUGGUGUCAUUUGAAGGGUGCAAGGUAUGCAUUUCUAUAUUUAAAAUCAAAUACUAAACAAAAUUGGCCAUUUUAAUUUGGUGUUAUAAAUUGCUUGGCCUAUAUAAUGGAUAGUGACUUGUGCAUUACUGAUCUAUAUAUUUUACUUUAACAUUAAUAUUUUAUGUUUGUUUUGAAUUAAAAACAAAAACAUGAUUUCGAAUAUUACGUAGAUAUUGUUCAUGAUGAUUAUCAUAUUCUUUAUAGGUAAUCGCAAUGACAUGUGAAUAUAACUUUAUUAGUUAAUUAUUUAAUGUUUUAUUAGAUGGUUUAAUAGAUAUUUUGUUUAAAAAAUAUCUAUUUUGCUGUAAAAUGUAGACAGGUUUUGUGGCCUACAUAAUCACAUGGGUAUUGAAAAUAAAAAUUGGAAGGAGACGCCACUGUACAGUCUGUCCCUAAUAAUGUGAUGUAAUGAUUAAAUUUAAUAUUACGAUUGUUAUGUCAAAUCAUAGAAAUUUAGAUAGCAGUACAAACGAAAAACCUGAUAUAUCUAAACUGAGAAUGGCAAUGCGCGAUGUUACUCACAAAAUGGAUUUGUCUUACGGGAUGAUGGGUAGUCUUUUUCGUUCAGGAUCGAGACAAACCUUCUUUUCAUCACAAGUUACACGAUACGCCGAUCUAUACGCUGCUACAUUUUUAAAUUUGAUUUAUUAUCCAUUUUGCUAUAUGUUUCGAGCACCGGCCAUGUUGGUGAGUGAAUAACUUUACAAAUAGUAUAUUAUUAAUAAAUAAUUAGGUUUUGAUUCUUUACAUUUUACCACCAAACGAUAGACAGGUAUUAUAGAGGUAUUGUGUCUAAAAAAUUAAUAUAAAAAAUAAAGCUUAGUACUGUUAACAAAUGUGCCACCAUUGUAAGUGAGAAGUUACAUAGAAUUAUUUAAUUUAAUAUACCUCUAUAAAUUACUGCAAACGAAAAAUGAUUCUGAACAAAAUUCGGUUAAACAUAUUUUAAAAAACUUCAUCAAAAUUUAAAGGCUUAUAAAAUACCUACUGUAUAACACUCACUAGUUCAACUUAUGAUAUACUUCUCGUGAAACUUUAAAUAUUUAUAAUCAGUCAAAACAAUUUUAUCUAUACAUACAGUCAAAUAAAAAUUAAAAACCUUGACAAUUUCAAAUGAUAAAUAAGCUCUAUCAUGCUAGCACUCGCAUAUUGGAAUUUCGACUGAUUAGACUAAUUACUAAUUAGAAAAAUAAGUUAUAACCCAUAAAAAAAAAUUUGUAUCUGAUAUAAAUUCCAGAUUAUAUCAUCUAUUUUUGUAUAUAUGUAUAAUAUGGAUGUAAUAGUGUAAAUCUUGAUACAUUUUUGGGGUCGCAAACAAUUUGUAGGGUUACUUAAACUCAUGGGGGGAGGGCUUCAAAUUUUGCAAGUUACAUCUCUAACCAUAAAUUAAUAAUAUUUGAAAUUUGAAAUUAUAAAUACACUUAAUCUCAACAAUAUUAUUUUAACCUCAUAAUGAAUAUAAUUGUUAUGCAUCUAUUAGUACAAAGUAUACAUUACAUGUGAAAAAUAUAUACUUUAAUUAAGUGCAUAUAGUCAUUGAGUACUAUCAAUAAGUGUAUAUUAUAUUUAAACAAAAUAUUAACACACAUAAUAAUACUAACAUAAUAAUUGUUCUUAUAUUCGAAUUUAUUAAAUUACUUAAACAUAUAUUAAAUAGAUCAACAGUUGUAUAUGAUAAUAAAUCUAUAUGAAAUAAGUUGACUAAUUCCGUACCUCUAUUCAUAGGAGAAUUUCGACCAUAAUUGGUUGACUGGAACGGUACAUAAAAUGUAUUUAGUUGUCUAGUGCUACAACUAGGGACCAGGAAAUUUAAUAAACUCAAUAAAUUUUAAUAAACAAUAAACUUGUCUAUUAAGUAGUUUAAAAAUGAAAUAGAGAUCUAACCUUUUCUUUCGUGUCACCAAUGGUUCAAUAUUUAAAAGAGAUAAUAACGGCUGGUAAGAGGAGUGAGGAAUGUCGCAGUUAAAUGACAAAAAUCUCAAAAACAAUUUUGUAUCGACCCUACUGUUUGUAUCCAACCAACUCUACUAGGUGACCAAACUAUAGAGUUGUAAUCCAAAAUUGACCAUACAUAUGAGCAGUAAAGUACUUUUAAUGCAUAUGGAUUAUUAAAACUUUUGCAGCUUCGAUUUAUAAAACCAAGCAUAGAAGAAGCUUUGUUUUGAAUAUUUAAAUAAUGUGCAUUAAAUGAUAGUUUUGUAUUAAAAAUUAUACCUAGGACACUAUUCUUAUCAGUGCUCUUAUUAUCUGUGUACACGUAAUACACGUGUACAUAUGAAAUUAAAAAUAUCGUGCUGAAAACCGUGUUAUCCGUAGUUCACUUAAUUACGUGAAUCAUGUAUAUUUACAAAUUUACGUCGUAUACAAAAACCUACACCUGAAUUUAAAAUUAAUUAAUAAUAAUAAUAAUAAUUGUUACGCCGUAAUCAAGUCUAUUCAUAUUAUUGCGCGGUAAUUGGCGACGACUCGCGGUGUAUCAAGAGAAGGGUAGGAUUCGGUAAUUAAAUCGAAUAGUACUAAUUAAAAUAAAAAUACCAAUCUACACUUUCGCAUUGCGCACAAUAUGUAUAUUAAAACAUACGAAAAGCCAAAUAAUUAUAAAUGAGAAAUAUAGGUGCCCAUCAAGAUCUAAUAAUAAACAAUAAUAUUCUUUCUUUAUAAUAAACAUGAAUACAACCGAAGUAUAAAUAAAUAAAUAUUAAUAAUAAUACUCGUGGAAUUAUAGUAAUACAAACAACAAAAAAAAAAGCGUGUCCCAACAUUAAUAAUAAUAAUUUUUAAACUAAAAGUUUACAAGUACUAUAGUUUCAAAUAUUUCAACAAAAUAAUUUUCUAUUUUGGUAUAAAAAUACCAACAUGUCUACAUUUUCAGGAAGAAGGGAACUUCUUUUUGAUGUCACAGUAUUUUCUGGCAAUAGCUGCUACUGCUGGAUAUUUAUCUUCUCGUGUUUUUCACCAUUCUAAGAGAUUUAAAUCAAAUCGAAGUUGAGGUUCUGAAAGAUAUCCCGUAAACUGCGUAGAAGCAUCAUUCGUAUCAAUUAUUAUUUUCUUUGUAAAUAAAUGCUAACACGUUACUCAUCUCCAAAUCGCUUUUUCUUCUUUAUUAUGAUUUGUAACGGUCGAAGCGCUCGAUUCGAUAAGCUGCAAGACAUGUAAUCGAAUUAUCUCUCUCUAGCCUGUAUAGGUUCAUGGUCCAUAUCUUUAUAUCUUGGAUCAAGGAAUGAAACAAUCUGUCUUGCAGAUACAAUUUUUUUCAUGUUGGUUCAAAACGAGUAGUUAGUUGAUAUGAAAUUGUAUUCUUAAAUCAUUCCGUCUUACUAUCAUCUUUAUAAUGGAAAAAUUGACAAAACUUCAAAUAGGUACACGCUGUUAUAAACUGGGUGAUAUUAUUUUUCACUAGUUGCAUGUAAAUAAUUAAAUGGUUUAUGAGGAAAACAUGUAUGAUCAUUGAUCACAGAUCACGUGAAUAUAAAUCACGGAAUUCACGUGUCACGUGAAAUACGUGAAUAUGCAACAUAAAUAUCCGUGUACCCUUGACACAGAUACACGUGCGAAAUAAAUCACGUAUUUUAUUAAGACCUCUAAUUCUUAUAAACGUCUUUAAGUUCAGAGUCAUUUAAAGUAUAGUUAUAAAGAUAUGGUGUCCGUUUAUUUGAGAAGGUUAAUACUUUGCAUUUAAAAAUAUUUAAAAGUAAACUAUUCUGGGUACACCAUUCAUAGAGGACGUUAUAUCAUUUUGGAGUAACUCAGCAUCAUUUGGGGUCUUCAUGAUACGAAAUAAUUUUAAAUCAUCCGCAAGGAGUAACAUACGUAAAUGGGUAAAUUUAUUAUCGUUGAUAAAUAUGUUAAAUAAUAAUGGUGCAAUAUGAGACCCUUGAGGGAUACUGGAACAUACUUAUUACAUUAUACUAACUUGAGCAAAAGUUUUUAAUUUUAAUAUGUUGUUUUCUACCAGUUAAAAGAUACUAAUUAUGAAUGAAAAGAAUUGCGUAAGCCUAAGUGGUAUAAUUUGGUGAUAAGAAUAUCAUAGUCAAUUUUGUCGAAAGUUUUCGAGAAGUUGGUAUAGAUAACAUCCACUUUAUGUCCUGCCUUAAAUGCAUUUAAUACAUAGCGUUAAAAUACUAAAAGAUUAGUAGUAGUAGACCUUAAUACUGCUUAUCAAUUAUUAUGUAUUUAAAUAUUGGAUUAAGUUUUUUUGAUAAUAGGUUUUGGAAAUAGGUUUAGAAAAUAGGUUAGGAAAUAGGUUAUCGAAAUAGGACGAUAAUUAGUUACUUGAGUAUUGUCACCUCCUUUUGAGAUUGGUGAAAUAUAGGUAACUUUCCAUUUAUCCGAAAAAACACACAACUAAAGAGAUCGAUUGAAUAAGUGUAACAGGGAAAUGGCAAGGACGAAUUUACAUUCACUAAAAAUAUAUUUGGAAUUAUAUUCGGACCAAGACAUGUUUUAGUACUUAGGCGGUUGAGUUCUUCGUAUAUGUCAUUUAAAGUUAAUAUACAAUUGUGUAUGUAUGUUCCUUUUUCAAAAAUAUUUUUUAUCUAUUAACUUUUCUACCAAAAUUCGAGAUCUAUUAAAAAAUUAGAUCUUUUUUAUUGCAUUUUGGAUUGAGAAAAAGAAAUUGUUUUAAAAAUUUUCUGGUGUUUUAAUACUAUAUUAAGAAAAACCAUAAAAAAAAAAAGUACAGAAAUAAAAGUUUAAUAAGGUAUUUUAUUUUUGUACCAGUAAUCGUGUUCUUCUAGAGAAUUUCUAGAGAAUCAUAAUUUUUGGAAGAAAAUGUCUAGUUGGUAUACAAAAAGGUUAAUUUUAGAUUUGAACAUAGGAGGUUUUGGUUUUACUAUUUGUACUUUUUUUUCUAUCUGUAAACAACUUCUUUCGAAAUCUUGAUCUAAUUGAAAAAUAAUGAGUUCACUGACAGAGAAAGUUAAUUUUUGAUAUCUAAAGUAGUUUUCAUAAUAAUUGGAAAAAUCAAAAAAGACGAAAAAUACAAUUUUUUAAAUUACAACUUAUUAUUAAAAAUUAUAUUUUUCUACUGGAAAUCAUUGUAAAAAUUUCGAGAAUAGCAUAUUUUCUGAAAGAAAAUUUUAUCUAGUUUAUGAAUGUGAAAUUUUUUGUUUAGUUUUCCAUAUAGAUUUUCUAACAAUUACAAAAAUCUGGAAAAAAAUUUAGGAAAUAUGACAACUGAAAAGUAUUUAGAUUUUUGUUGUUAUUGGAAUGAAAAGUAUUGUGGAGACCUGUAAUUUUCAUAAAAUACUUAUAUCGGCCUUUUGUAGAAGUGGUUACAUUUUUAAAGCAUUCCAAUUAUGUUUAGGCUAUUUAUAAGUAUUUAAUAUUUUCAUGUUUUUAUGUGUAUUUUUAUUUGCUAUUUAAAUAGAUACUGUUGUUCAAAUUACACGACUUAAGAGAAAUGCUUAAAAAUUUAAGACAAGGUAUAUCAUAAGUUGUAUUUAGUGGCCUAAAAAAUAAAUUGGAGUUUAAUGUAUUAGUUUUUUUUUCUUAAGCGUUUUAAGAUCAAAUUUUUAUGAAAAUCGUAAAUUUCGGUAUUUCAAAAUAUCGAAAUUUGCUCCAAAUCGUUUUUUUUUUUUAGUUUAUGUAUCCUACCUUACCAACUUCCCACAUCCAACAGUGGUUGCAUCCUUCUACACUAUAAUUUGUUUUCUUUUUGUGUGUUUGUAAACAACUUUUUGAAAAGAAAUCUUACCUCAGUGUAUAGUGAAGUACCUUUUCUAAUAAUCAAUUUUAUCCGAUUUGUGCAUUAGAGAGGUUAUGUUUUGAUUUUUCAAAGGGCUUUCAAAAUAAAUGGAAAACCGGAAAAAGACGAGAAAUGAAAAACGAACCAAUUUACUGCGAACAAUUUCAUUAUUUAAAAUUUGUAUGGCAAUGUUUUCUACCAUAAAAUGUAUGGUAAUUUAGUGUAAGUUUUUAUAUUUUUUCCCGGAUUUUCCUAAUUAUUAUUAAAACUACUUAGAAAAUCUAAAGAUGACUUGUGUAAAGGACCAAUUACAUAAAAUUUAAUUUUAGAAAGGGUGCUAUACUUGCUACAUCUAAGCAAAAUUUCUAGUAGAAAUGUUUACAGAUACAAAAAAAAAACACAUAGUAAAACCAAUAUAUUGUUACGCCCUGAAUCUAAAUUGUAUUACUGCUGACAGGUGAGCCAUGUAGUAGUUACAAGUAGUGAUGUCAAUUAUCCGUUUUUGAACCAACUGAAUAAACUGGAUAUACCGGGAUAUUUAUAUCCUGUUAAUAAAAAUCCGAAUUAUUCGGAUAUUCAGAACGAUUUCAUAAUAAUUGAACGUUUUAAAAUACCCCAAUUAUUACAAUAUUAAUCAAAAUUUGGACUUUAAACAUUUAUAUAUAAAAAAACAUCUGUUCAUUUAAUUUUUUUUCUUUUUGAACCACCAAUACAAUUUAUUAACUAGUGUAAAAUGUUUUAUUGUUCCUUAAUAGGUGGGUAUACAAAUUAUAAUAUUGCUAAUUUCUUUCCAAUUUCUUAUUGAUUUUUACUUUUACUAAACAUUACACAGAUGCCACAUGAAUCAACUGUAGCUCACGAACAUGAACAAAGACUGAGCAAAGAGGACACAUCAAGUUCAACAACUAAGACCACAGAGCCAGCACCAGCUGAAUUGCAAAACAACGCAGAUGAAGUGAGUUCAAAAUUUUUGAUUGUGCAACUAUAAUACUAUAGUAAAAUUUGUCUACUGAUAUCAUGUGUCAUAAUUUAUAAUAUGACAUCAAAUUAAUGUAGGGAUGAUGAGGGAUAGUAGUGGGUUCAUGAAUAAAUUAGUUGGUUGGGUGUAUGAUGUAUAGCACUUUAUUAUUAAAUAAUAUGUUUUAUCUAACCACAAAUUUUGCUCUGGGAGUUUUCAAAAAAAAAAUUACAACAUAACUACAAUUUUACCUAAUAUCAAACAGAUAUACAGAUAUUUAAAAUUAAUAAAACAACACAAAUAAAAACGUUUACAAAACCUAUAGCAUUUAUUUAUUAUUAAAUAUAUAAAUAGUUUAGGUUACCUAAGUCAUUAAGUCUCACCUAUUGAAAUUAAUUACAACAUUAAGUCAAAUUGAUUAUAAUAUAUAAUAAAUAAUUUAAACUAAAUAUACCUACCUCAGAAAUAGUGUUAUGCAAGUCAGUUUUGAUUCUCUUGAGAGUUGAAAAUGUUAUUAGUAGCAGAAGACUAAUCUAACAUAACUAGUAAAGUUACUGCUAUGUUAGUAACUCAAAACCAUUUGGGUACAUAGCUUCAUUACAUAUAUACCUAAAUAGCUUUCAUAGCAUUUUUUGAUUAAUCUGCUUGUAUUUUAAUUUUUGUUGCCAAUGCCUGCUCAUUUUUAAAUGCAUCAUCAUGAUUUCCAAUAUUUUACAGGUCUUCACUAUACUGAUUUUUAAAAUUGUCUUCAUCACCACAUAUAAAUCAUUAUAUAAGGAAUAGAAAUUUAUUAAUAUAGUUUGGUAAUUUGUAAAUCUUUCUUGAGUAACUUUGUAAUAAUUAAACAAUAAAUACUUGUAAUAUAAUACAAGUAAUAUUUCACAAUUAUUUUGGGGCCCUCAUAAGUUCUAGUAAUUUUACUAAAACUACCUUAGUUACACAUUCUGAUUUUUCUUGGCUGUGAGGAGUAGAGAAUAGUAAACCAGCAAUUUAAUUCUAAUUAAAUUGGUGUAAUUAAAUAAGUAUAAUAUAUGGGUUGAAUAGUAGUAGUUCACUAGUCCACUUGUUGUUUUGUCUUGUGGAGGAGAAAUGAGGUUGAUUUUAUAACAAUUAUUAUUAUUUACAUUUUUUUUUUUUUUUUGUAUAUGAGGUUAGGUUAGGUUCAAUAGGAAGGAAUCAACUAAUCUUAACAAAUUGUAUUUAUACAUUUUUAAGUUCUACUUAAAAACCUGUGAACUCGACCUACAGUAUCAUCAUAAUUUUAUGUUCCAGUAAUUUUCUCCUAUAAAUAUACAAAAUUGAAAAUAAUAAUUUAUAGUGAAACAUUUUUAUUAAAUAGUUUAAUCUAAACUUAUAUGUGGGCUUGAAAUUUUUAGGUAUCCUUUUGUGGGUUUUUGGGUGGUCAACCUUUUGAGAUUCAAAUGGCAACUUGCAUUCAAAAUUCCAUUGAUAAAUGAAGUAUUUGUUCAAAUAAAUUUUAGCAUUGACAUUUUUGAUUAUGGUCAUUCCAUUGAGGAGAUAUUACACUUUUUAGUUUAAGCCGGGGGAAAGUAUUAGAAUGCUAUUCAAGCACAGUGCACAAUAGUGUGCCACCACAAAAGUGCAUAGUGUUCCAUUACUAUAGUAAUACUUAUGUCCACAUAUAAUUUUAGAUUACAUUUUUAAAAAAAAAAUUUUCAUUAGGUAUACAUUAUUAUUUAUUUUGUAUAUUCAUAGGAGAAAAUUGCUGUACUAUAAAAUUCUGAUCACUAUAUAUACUGGGGAAAUUAUUUAUUAUUUGCUUUAUAUGGCCUAAUAAAAAAGUUCCAGGAUUACACCAUUAUGGGUCUAUAGUCUGUUUCAUUGCUAUUGAUGAACUUGACCACUAUGGUCAGGUUUGAUUGAAAAUAAACACAUGCACGUUUACAUAUUAUAUGUAAUAUUUUUUUAUGGUCUGUUUCAAUCACAGAAUACAAACACAUUUUCUACUCAAAUACCAUCCACCGUGACACACACACAUGACGAAGAUUGUUCAGAUGAAGAAGAUCAUACAACAGAAGGAGCACCAGCAAACAAUGUAUAGACCACAAAGACUGCAAACAUAACGCACAAUGGCUAAGUGAUCACCAGUGAAGCUGCCCAUCUUGGACCACCUUAUUAAAAUAAUACAAAUUAUAUAAUUAUAUUAUAAUGCAUGAUAUUCAUAUAAAUGACAUUGUAAGUUCUGUAACAUUUUUGUUUUCGAUUAGGUAUUAUUUUAUGUUCAAUAGGAUUAUAUAUAUAUAUAUAUAUAUACAUUUUUUUUUUGAAAUCUACAAGAUAGCAUGAUAUAUAUAUAUAUAUAUAUAUAUUUAUACAUUUUUAUCAUUAUUAUUAUUAUUAUCAUCAUUAUUUCUAAUACAUGUCGCUAGUUAACUGAAAUGUCAAAAAAAAAAAAAAAUAAUAAUAAUAAACAUUUUUAGACCAUACAUGAAAUUCCGUUUAUCAGUUGAAUAUCUUAACAACAGAUUUAAAUUAUGAUAAAAAUUGAGUUUCCCUAAAAUAUUGUGUUUGCAAUCUAGAAUUUAUUUGAAAAAUAAUAUCUAUUUUUUCUCUCAAUAUCUCUACACCUCUAUACUCUAUAGUCUAUAUCAUCAAACUAUAAUACUGCCAAGAUAUAUAUUAGCUAUAUUAAAACUUACAUAUUAGUAUAAUAUUAUUAUUGUUACUACUAUUUAUGUGCUAACUCUAAAUUUAUUGGUAUUUUUGUGUUAUUAUUAUAAUCAUUAUCCAACCUACAAAUUUAAAAAUUGUUUCACAGGGUCCUUUUGAAACUAUUGGAUAUCAUUCAAAACAUCAAUAGCUUCAAUAGCUAUUAGAUUGCAUGGAUUAGGAGAUAAUAAGUUAUUACCAAUUAUUAUCAAAUUACUAAAAAAUGUAUUAAAUACUAGCUGAAUAACCCAGCUUCGCCCUUGUGCAAUAUUUUUGCGUUAUCUGCAACUUUAAUUUAUCAGUUUUUAAUAUUAUAGUUAUAGGAAAAGGAUAAUUGUGCUAAAAGUGCUAGCUGUCCUUGUGACUGUUCCAAUUUUUGAAUUCUUUUUACCUUUAUUCCUGUUUUGCUUAGUAUAUUAGACAGAAAAAAUGUCUAUGUGUCAUAAUAUGUUAUUUUGCAUGGCUUUGUUGCUAGAUCUGAGGUAAAUAAAUAAACAAAAUGUAAAAUCUUAUAAUAAUAAUAGAAUUUUUCACUACAAAGGAUGAUUUUUAAGGAUGAAGGGAUUGAAUAUUAAAAUUUUUUUAAAGCUUAUAACCUUCUCGGGAAAAUUCUGAUCAAAAAGCCUCAUUACAAUGGGAUGAAUUAGAUUAGGAAGGUAUAAGAGACAUACAGACAAACAUUCAUUUUUAUAUAAUAUAGCUGUCCCGGCAAUGCUUUGCUAUUGCUAGAUUUUAUUAUUAUUUUUUUUUUUUUUGUAGCUAAAUUAACAAACAAUAUUCAGUAGAAACCAUAGCUACCAUGUAAUCAAUAAAAAAAAAAAUAUACAUAUAGGUUUUAAAAAACACAAUGGGCUAAAAUAAUUUUCUUAGUCAUCUAAAUUAUUUUGAGUUAUCCUAUAUUAUAAAACAAAUAUUACAAGUUUACUUAAUUUAUCCUACAGUGAUGGAUGUUGUGCAAGAAGAAUAUUUCUUUGCUUAUAAAUAAUUGUCAAUAAAGGUACAAUGAAGGGUCAUAUUUAAAUUUAGAAUUUAGAUGCAUAGUAGGUUAACAUAUUUUAUAAUUGUUCAAUUUCUAAUUAGUUAAUGAGCAGGGCUCAUAACUUAUAGUUAUAAAAAUGGUUAUAAUAAUAAGCUAUUAAAACAUGUAUAUAAGCACAAAAAUAUACAUUAUAAAUAAUAAAUUAUGCAAUAAUAAUAAUAAUGAUAUUGGAAUACCUAGAAAUUUUAAAAAUAAAAUACUAAUGUGUAUGAUACAAUUAUAGAAGUUACUAUUAUAGGCCUUAUUAAUAAGGUUACCAUUUGGCUAAGUUAUAUAUAAAGAUGAGUAGAGCUAUCAAUUUAUCAUUUAAAAAGAGAAAUAUACAGAGCUCAAUUGAUAGUGUUACUUUGUCAACAAUAUAUAAAUAGGCAUUAAAUAUUUUUUAAGAAUAUUAAUUGUUUAAUGUUGUACUGAUUUUCCCGGUUUUUCCCAUUAAUGGAAAAAUCAAAAAAUGACUUUCUUAAAGUACCUCUCCAUCCAAUCAAAUAGACUUUCAGAAAAAGUGUUAUCAUUGUAAAUCAGAGCAAAAUUGCUGGUAGAAAAGUUGUUUAUAGAUAAAAAAAAAAACAUUGUAAAACUAUAAGCUACUUCACUUAACUCAGAAUCUAAAAUAUAUAUGCAAUUUAUUACUCUUCCUUUCUUCUCCACUCUAAACUUUAAAACUAUAACUCAUAAAUAGUAAAUCUGAUCUUAGUGUUAUGCACAUAAAAAUGUUUAAAAAAAUAUUCUUUAUUUCAAUCUGAGUAAAAACAGGGGGGUUCGUAUUUGAAAAACAAUAGUAUAUACUUAUUUAAAGUAUAUAGAGUAAGGUUAAAAAUUAAUAAUACUUUAGAAAGUAAAAAUUAAAGCUUAACAGAUCCCACAAUGAAUAAGAAAAAAAGAAACACAGAAAUCAAAUUCACUUAAGAUCCUCCUAGAUAAUUGCUGGUUCAUGAUAAAAAAAAAAUCACCUUGUAUAUGGUUUUAUUUUAUUUCUGUUAAUUAAAAGUUAUUUUAAGGAUAUGAGGUAUUUUAAUAAUAAUAUUAUAUAUCUGUUGUGGAAACAUAGCACAUGUAAUUGGACAUAAUACAAACAAUAUAUGUUCACUGUUUGACAAUAUUAUUAAUUAUUAUGUUGGUUAGCAUGGGUGCCUACAACUUUUACAAUUUUAUUUAAUUGAAUCUGUACAUUAUACCACUGAAUUCCAGUAGUCAUUAAUGUAUUCUGUAGUAAUUUGCUCUUUGUUUUUUCAACAUGAAUAAGAAAAUAACAACUCAGCAUUCUAUCAUAUAAAUAAAUAAAUAUAUGUAAUAUAUUUGAUGUAUAAUUUUCUUUAAAUAAACAAAAUUUUGUAUAACUAAUAUUAAAAAUAAAAUAUUUUAACUAAUACAUAACCCUUUAUAGAAUGACUUAAAAUGUUAACUUUAUUAUUAUUACUAUUAUUAUUAACAUAUAUAUAUUUUAAAGAUGUUAAAGUAGUGAGAAUAGACUUAUAUACCUGGGUGUAUUGCUGGUUGAUACAUUAAUACUGUGCACGAGUAGUGGUAUAUCAAAAGGUUUCCAACUUAAUAUUAUAGGUAUGCAAUAAUUAAACUUAAAAAAUAAUAAUAAUAAUAAUAAUAAAUAUGUAUAUUAUAUUAAAAACAACUAGAAAAAAAAUCACAGAUUAAAAAUUGAAAAAAAAAAGUUACAUUCAAUAGGUAGUAGAAUAUUAUAAUAUAAAACGUGAUGUUAAAAAGAAGUAUUUAAAAUAAGACGAGGUGAAUAUUAUUAUAGUAAUAUUUGAAACAUGACUAUGAUAUUACAAUAAUAAGUAAAAUCAUUGACUUAAUGUUUAAGGUGAAAAAAUUUCGCUACAUUAUACAGAACGAGAUCGAUAAUAUAUAAAACAUGAUAUAAUAGAUAAAAAAUAUAAAUUAUAAUAAUAUAAUGUAAUACCUACCGAAUGAAAGUAAAAGUAAUAAAAAUACUCAUUUAUCAUAUUGUUUUGAUGUACCUAGACCAUUAAAACAAAAGAGCUCUCUUAAAUAAUUAUAAUACACUAUAGGUAAUACAGUGGACAUAAUAUUGGGCAAUGGGCUAUUCAGAAAUAAAAUAGAAAAAAGUUGAACGAGCAGAAGAUACAAAUAAAUUUCAAUAUUGAUAGACAGGAGGGCCCAAGGAAAUACUAUAUUAGUGGAAAAUAUACGCUUUGUUAUUUAUUGUAAUAACUGGGAUUCGGGACUUGUAUUCCCAUAUUAUUCUUAAUAGCUGCUAUAGAAUAAAUGCAUUUUACUUUUAAAAAUUACAAACUUGGACAUAAAAUACUUUUCAUAGCAAAAGUAAAUUAUAAAGAAAAACAAAUAGGUUAUAGCUUGCAGAGGUAAAACCUAUUAAAAUAUAAUUAUUCAAACAAAGUAGGUACCCAAUAUAAAAUUAAAGAAACUAAAAAUUGUAUAAAUCAAGUUUUUUUUUUUUAGUAUCUAUUUUAAUUAUUUAAUAUUUACUUAGUUAUAUUUUUCAGUUAUUUUAGUUGUACAUCACCAACAAUUUUUAGUUCCAAAUUCUAUCACUAAUAACUAUGUAUAACUACAGUUAUUUAUAUGAUAAAUUAUUUCUACAUCUAUAAGUGAAAACAAGUCAGAGUCAGUCUAAGUUUCCCAGUAAUAAAAAUUAGGUACAAAACGGUUUAAGUACACAUGGGACGGAUUAACAUUAAUAAUACUAACACCUACCUAAUUAAGAAUAUUUUAUAAUAUAGGUUAGGUUAGGUACUUAUGUGAAGAGGUUGUUGUUUUUUUUUUAAGUAACACCAUGAAAAAAGAAAAAACCCCCAUAUUAAUAAAUAAUUAUAAUAAUAAUAAUAAUAAUAAUAAUAAUAAUAAUGUUUUAGUGCGACUAAAUGGGACAAAACAAUAACAGUGUCAGUUUUAAUAACAAGUACCAGGUACCUAUUAAUAAAUAUUAAACUUUGUACUGUGUGCGGCGCUUAGUUCCAAUCUCGAGUCUGCGCCAGUUGGUAAAGUUUGGCAAUAAUAAAAAGGCUAGAGUUGGAAACGUAAUGAGCAUAGACUGUGACAGAGUAACAGUUUUUUAUUGCAGUCGGACUGUUUCCAUUUCAGCUUCAACUGUAACAU